CGGGACUCCAUUCCAGUCUGUCACCGAGGGUUCCCUGAGCCUCGCAUCCUGGGCAGUCGCAUCCCGAACAGCUGUGAUAACUUCACCUGCUUCUCAAACUGAAACUUGACCAUGAGCGGGGAUCAUGGACAUAGAGACUCUCAGGUCAAUUCUGGAUCUAAAGGAAGCGACUCUCACAAACAUAAAGACAAGCACAAAGACAAAGAACACAGACACAAAGACCACAAGAAAGAUAAGGAGAGAGAGAGAGUCAAGCACAGCAACAGCGAACAUAAGGAACACUCUGAGAAAAAACACAAAGACAAAGAGAAGCUGAAGCACAGUGACGGCAGCUCAGACAAACACCGGGAGAAACACAAAGAGAAGGACAAGGACAAAGAGAAGAGGAGAGAAGAAAAGAUCAAAUCAUACCACUCAGACAAGCCGAAAAAAGAAAAAGAAAAUGGAUAUGUCAGAGACUCAAGCCCUGCUGUUAUUAAAAGUGAACCUGAAGAAGACAAUGGUUUUUACCCAUCUCCUCAGCACAACAAGACAUCCAAACGAGAUCAUGACGAUGAAGAAUUUGAGUACAAGCCCAAAAAGGUCAAGACGGAACAUGACAAAAAAGCCAAGAAAAGGAAACAUGACUAUGAAGACGAUGAGGACGAUGAGGAUAUAAAACCCAAAAAGAAAACAAAAGACAAAAAGGUGACAGAAGGGAAGAAAGCCAAAAAAGAAGAAGAGGAGAAGUGGAAAUGGUGGGAGGAGGAGAGAUAUACUGAUGGCUCCAAGUGGCGUUUCCUUGAACAUAAAGGCCCAGUGUUUGCACCACCAUAUGAACCCUUGCCUGACAAAGUAAAAUUUUACUAUGAUGGAAAGGCAAUGAAACUUAGUGCUCCCGCUGAAGAAGUAGCCACUUUUUUUGCGAAGAUGUUGGAGCAUGAAUACACCACUAAGGAUAUUUUCAGGAAGAAUUUCUUUAAGGACUGGAGGAAGGAAAUGACAUCAGAAGAGAAGUCAAAGAUCACCGACCUGAACAAGUGCAAUUUCAGUGAGAUGAGUGAGUACUUCAAGGCCCAGUCAGAAGCAAGGAAGCAGAUGUCCAAAGAGGAGAAACUGAAAAUCAAAGAGGAGAAUGAGAAGACCCUACAGGAGUAUGGAUUCUGUAUCAUGGACAACCACAAGGAGAGGAUUGGAAACUUCCGCAUUGAGCCACCAGGUCUCUUCAGAGGACGAGGAGACCACCCAAAGAUGGGCAUGCUGAAACGCCGCAUCAGACCUGAAGACAUCAUUAUCAACUGUAGCAAGGACUCCAAACACCCUAAACCUCCUCCAGGGUCAAAAUGGAAAGAAGUUCGCCAUGACAACAAGGUGACCUGGCUGGUUUCCUGGACAGAGAACAUCCAAGGUUCCAUCAAGUACAUCAUGUUGAACCCCAGCUCCAGGAUCAAGGGGGAGAAAGACUGGCAAAAAUAUGAAACUGCACGGAGGUUGAAGAAGUGUGUGGAUCGAAUUCGUUCACAGUACAGAGAUGACUGGAAGUCAAAGGAGAUGAGGAUCCGACAAAGAGCUGUGGCACUGUAUUUCAUUGACAAGCUGGCGCUGAGGGCAGGAAACGAAAAGGAGGAAGGCGAGACAGCUGACACAGUGGGCUGCUGCUCACUGCGAGUUGAACACAUCAAACUGUACCCCAAGAUCGAUGAGCAGGAGUACGUGGUAGAGUUUGACUUCUUGGGAAAGGACUCUAUCCGCUACUACAACAAAAUCCCUGUGGAGAAAAGGGUCUUCAAAAACCUGCAGUUGUUCCUGGAGAACAAACAGCCUGAAGACGACCUCUUUGACAGACUGAAUACUUCUAUUCUGAACAAGCAUUUACAGGAGUUGAUGGAUGGCCUGACAGCAAAGGUCUUCCGUACCUACAACGCCUCCAUCACUCUGCAACAGCAGCUCAAGGAACUUACCUGCCCUGAUGACAGCAUCCCAGCUAAGAUCCUGUCCUACAACCGAGCCAACCGGGCGGUGGCCAUCCUCUGUAAUCACCAGAGAGCGCCACCCAAAACUUUUGAGAAGUCCAUGCAGACUCUUCAGACAAAAAUUGACGAGAAACAGAAUCAGCUGUCUACAGCGAGGAAGCAGCUGAAGUCUGCCAAGGCUGAUCACAAGGCUUCUCAUGAUGACAAGAGCAAAAAGGCUGUGGAGGUGAAGCGGAAAGCUGUCCAGAGGAUAGAGGAGCAGCUGAUGAAGCUGCAGGUGCAAGCCACAGACAGAGAGGAGAACAAACAGAUUGCUUUGGGCACUUCCAAGCUCAACUAUCUGGAUCCACGCAUCUCUGUUGCAUGGUGUAAGAAAUGGGAUGUUUCCAUCGAGAAGAUAUACAACAAAACCCAGAGAGAGAAGUUUGCCUGGGCAAUUGACAUGGCUGAAGAGGACUAUGAGUUUUAAAUAUAUUUAACAUCUGACCUUUUCUACACAUGCCUUUGAUUGUAAAGAUGGUUUGUAGUUGAUGUCAAAUAAUUCCACUUUGUGGUUUCGGCAGGGCUAUGAAGGACAAAGCAAAGAUUAUGUAAAAGCUGUGACCGCAGGUUAAUAAUUGUGGUGUAUAUAUGGAUUGAUGUGAAUACAGGAAAUGAACUCCUCAAUCAUUUGACCAUGUUGCCAAAGGGCAUCUCUUUAAUAAGACAGUUAGUAUCAGUAGUAUGUAUGUAGCUGCAGCUAUUUGCCCGUGAUCAAACAGCUAUGAACAUGUUAGUAUUAUCUUUUGUCAGAUACGACUGUACUGAAAUUUGUAAGCCAUCAAAUUUAUUGACAAAUUCUAUAUUCUCAUAGAAUAUGAAUUAAUAAAUGUUUGUAUGGGAUACUGAGUAAUAAUGUGAGGAAGAUAAUAGGAUGAAUUUCAACUUGUGGAGCUUUAGUGUGAAAGAUACAACGUACAACAAAAUGAGUCUGACGGACGUUGAUGAUGAAGUGAAAAAUAGAAACCCUAGCACUAUGCUCAUGUUAUUAUUAUUAAUAUUAUUUAGCACACAGAAUGUCAUUGUUUCCCAUUAAAUUUUAUUUUGCUGUUUAUUUCAGGGAUGUACAUAUUUUAUGUCAUUUUUCAGUGAUUCUGUGUUUUAUAAAAAAAAAAAUAGUGUGCUCUACGCAUUGUCAGCAAAAAGCUCUUAUUGCAUUGUUCAUAUGCAACUCGUGUGCAUCUGUUUCCACAGUUUUACAAUAAAGGAGACAUUCCUUGUGCUUACUUGAAACAGCUGAAGCAAAGUGUAUGUUUUGUGUGUCAGAGCUAAAUGAGACUGUUUUUUUCCAGACAGAGACAUUUUUAAAAGGUAUGUGGAUUAUGCCAAAAAAGAUGACAGAAAUCCAUCAUUUUAAUGUGCUAAUUUUUUUGUAUUGCUGUGAUUAAGCAGAAAGUGUCCUAAUUUCCAAAUGUGAGUGGACAUUCUAACUUUUGUCAGUAAUAUUUCUUGCUAUUUGAUCAUUUAUCACUCAACUUCUGAUUGGUUGGAUGCUUAUUGUAGCUUUGUAGUUUUCAGAAUAAAACACAGACUUUGUCA